AUGGACCGCGCCAACAAACCCAAGACUCUCCCUAAGCUGUCGUCCACCCCGGGCCUGCCGCCCCAACCCACCGUGAACUUCACCGACGAUAACUCGCGCCUCCGCGCCGAGCUUCCCACAGGCGAGAGCGUUGAGGUUCUCCUUUAUGGCGCCACAGUCAUUAGCUGGAAAGAUGCCACUGGUGACGAGAAGUUGUGGCUGAGCGAAGCGGCCAAGCUGGACGGCAGUCGGGCCGUCUUCGGCACCGCCCCCGACCACCCGCAGACCAAGGACCUCCCGCAGCACGGCUUCGCGCGCACCUCGCGGUGGGAGUUCCUGGGCAAGUCGACGUCCGAGUCCAUGGUGGGCCGCGCGGCCGACGAGCCGACGGUGAAGCUCGACUUCGGCCUGAGCUCGGCCGCCCCGGGGCUCGACCCCAAGGCGGCCGCCCACUGGCCCUUCAAGUUCAACCUGAUCUACAGCGUCACCCUCAACCGCGAGAGCCUGACCACCAGCAUCGUUGCCACCAACGACGACGGCGCCACCCCCUUCGACUGCCAGGUCCUGAUGCACACCUACCUUCGCGUCAAGAAAUCACCGGCCUCGCCAACGCGCCCUACACCGACAAAGUCGGCCCGUCGGCCCCUUCCACCAAAACCCAACCCGCCACCCCCUUCCACCCUGACCAUCACGGGCGAGACCGACCGGGUAUACACGCCCACGGAGGACGCCGUCACCGUCGCCGAAAACAGCCAGCCCCGCUUCCGCGUCACGCGCGACAACCUCGCCAACGUGGUGGUGUGGAACCCGUGGGCGGCCAAGGCCGAGGCCAUGGCCGACUUUGCGCCCGACGACGGGUUCCGCAACAUGUUGUGUGUUGAGCCCGGUGCGGUGGGCGGCUGGCAGGCGGUGGAGGCCGGGGAUGCGUUCGAGGGGGCGCAGACGAUUACGCUUUUGCAUUGA